AUGAGCUUGCCAACGGCGAGGGCGGUCGAGUGCACGGAGCUAAAAUUCUUCAUCUUCUGCGUUGCUCUCCAUCUUAUCGUGCCACACCCAACUGUCGCUCUGCUCGCCUUCCCAUUCGCUGACGCUGCCGCGCGGGUCGCUGCGCUCGAGUCUGAGCUGGAGGCGACACUCGAGGCGGCGGUGCGCCGUGAGGCGCUCAACGCCCAGACCAUCAAGCGGGAGGCCCUCAACGGCGCCGGCGCGCUCGAGGCGCGAGAGCUCCGAUCGCGGGUCGAUGUGCUGUACCAGGAGAACGACGUGCUGACGGCGCAGGCGCGGCUGUCGGCCGACGAGCUCGAGCGGCUGCGGCAGGAGCGCGCUGGCGGCGUCGAGGACCAGAUGCGCCUCGUCGGUGAGGUGGGCGAGCUGAGGGCGCACGUGGCGGCGGUCGAGGCGGCGGCGGCUCGCGCGGCCGCCUCUCGCGACGCGGCGCGCGAGGAGCUGCAGCGGUGCGGCGCGGAGCUGCUCGAGGCGCAGGAGCACACGCAGACCGCCUUGGCCAUCGCCGAGCGGCACGCCAACGAGCGCGACGACGCGCUGCGCACGGCGGCCGAGCUGCGCGCGGCUCUGGAGCGAGUCCGCGGCAAGGAAGAGGCGGAGCGUCGGGCGCUGGCCGCCAGGGCAGAGACGGCAGAGGCCGCCGCCGCCGCCCAGCAGCAGGCGGCGCGCGCACUCAAGCUCGAGAUGUCUGCGGCGAAGGAGCGGGAGCAGGCGGCGCUGCAUGCGCUGCACGACUCGCGCGCCGACGCAGCCGCUGGCGGCAAUGCGAUCCGCUCGCUCGAGGCGCGGGCGCUGCACGCCGAGGGACAGGCGGCGCGGGCGCUGCACGCCGAGGGACAGGCGGCCAGCGCGGCGGCGGCGCUCUCCAAGUGCGAGAGCGAGCUGGCGGUGGCGCAGGGCGGGCGCGAGGCGCUCGAGGCGCGAGCGGCGCGUGCGGAGGCAAGGGCGGAGACGCUGCAGUCGGCGCAGCGGGCAGCGGCGGAGGAGGAGCGGGUGCGGGUGGCGCAGCUGAGCGCGUCGCUGCGGAGGGAGGCGGGUGCGCGCAGCACCUCGCUGCGCGAGGAGCUGGAGAGUGCCGAGCUGCGGUGCGCCGAGCUGCAGCAGCGGCUCGAGCGUGCGCAGAGCCGCGACGGAGGCCGCUUCGGAGGGAAGUACAUGCGGUCGCUGCAGGGCGGCGCCGGCGGGGCGAGCGACGGGGCUGCCCAUGGCGUGGAGAGGGAGGCGGCCUCCUCCUCUCUCUGA